GCUGAUGGAACGCGUUUGUCGCGUCGACUGAACGAGGAUUGAAUGUGUUCCGUUGUUCUAGCGAAACGCGUGAAAUAACUCGCCGUUUUCAAAAGGAUUAUAUAGUAUUUCUCUGUGAUUAUGGGAUGCCGUGAAGCUGAUCUUGUUUCUGCAGCUUUUGUGUCCGUUUGAGUAAAACGCAGCGUGCUGUCGGUCCUUGGGCAGGAAGGACCAUGGCCCUCAGCGAGGGCUUUGCUGACCUCGGCCCCCUCAGCAACGGUGGAUCCUCUACGGUUGCCAGCCACCCUGUCACAAACACGAGCGCAGACUCUCAUCAGGACCAGGAAGUCAUGCCGUCCAAAAUUCCCGAACCCGUACAGCCUGCUGAGCAACCGGAGCAGGCGCUGUGCAGGCAGAAUGGUGCGCUCAGAACGAACGGCACCGCACGUCUGUCUUCGUCUGGUUCCUCAUCCUCAUCACAUGGGACGGAUUCACCAAGGUUGGGUGUGCUCCUGCCCAAUGCUCUGUCGCCCCCCUGUUGCGUCUGCUGUUCGUUACGUCAGCCCGUCUGUUGCAGCGGGAACCAGCGUGCUUGUGCCCUCUACCCAAACGCCGUGUCCUCUGCGGCGGUUCACGUGGCCUCGUGCAGCGUGCAGGGCAUCCCGUGUUUCUGCAUGCAGCAUCAAUGGCAAGAGCACCUUCAGAAUCAACCCAACAUGGCCACACUGAGCCCCCCGAGGCCGUUUCGGUGUCCCAGAAGUUAUGCUGAGGUCAUUGCUGAUUGGCCGGUGGUGGUGUUGGGGGUGUGCACUGUGCUCAUCGUUGUUUGUGCUCUGGUCGGUAUCCUCGUACCUGACCUGCCUGACUUCUCCAAUCCUCUGCAGGGAUUUGAACCAAGGGGCACCGCAAUAGGCCAGAGACUGGUAACGUGGAACAACAUGGUGAAAAACACGGGCUAUAAAGCGACUCUGGCCAACUAUCCCUUUAAAUACGCAGACGAGCAGGCCAAAAGCCAUCAAGAUGACCACUGGUCAGAAGACCACUUUGAUCGAAAGAAAAGACAAGCUGAGUGGGAUUUCAGUAAAGACAGUUUCUUCUGUGAUGUGCCAGGCGACAGCUAUUCCAGAAUCGUUUUUGCCUCCGCAGAGGGGAAGAACUUGUGGAAUAUACAAGCAAUCAAAUCCAUGUGCAAUUUUGAUAAUACACGGGUUCGCUCUCAUCCUCAAUACUUGGAUUUGUGUCAGCGCACCACUGCUGCGUCCUGCUGUCCCAGCUGGACGCUUGGGAACUACGUAGCCGUCCUGACGAACAAGUCGUCUUGCCUAAAGAUCACAGAGCGAGAUGUUUCUCAUACACUAAAGACUCUGCGGUCCUGCGCUAAGUAUUAUCACAACGGCACUCUGGGCCCUGAGUGCUGGGAUAUGAACACACGCAAAAAGGACCUCAAGUGUGGCAACGUUCCUCGAAAAUGUACAAAGUACAACGCCGUGUAUCAGAUUUUUCACUUCCUGGUGGACAAAGACUUCCUGAACCCAAAGAACACGGACUCCCUUUCUCCCAAUCUGAAAUACAGCAUGCUAUUCUCUCCGACCGAGAAAGGGGAGACGAUGAUGAACAUUUACUUGGACCACUUUGAGAACUGGAACACCUCGGACGGGAUCACAAUGGUUACAGGAAUAGAGUUCGGCAUCAAACACAACUUGUUUCAGGACUACCUGCUGACAGACACCAUGUAUCCCAUCAUAGCUAUUUUGAUCGUGUUAGUGGUCAUGUGUGUCUACACGAGAUCCAUGUUUAUCACCCUGAUGACCAUGUUCGCAAUCAUCAGUUCGCUGAUCGUCUCGUACUUCCUGUACCGCGUGGUCUUCGGUUUCGACUUCUUCCCCUUCAUGAAUCUCACAGCACUCAUCAUACUGGUGGGAAUCGGUGCAGAUGACGCAUUCGUGCUCUGCGACGUCUGGAACUACACGAAGUUUGACAAACCCAAUUCUGAGCUCUCCGAAACGGUCAGCGUCACUCUGCAGCACGCGGCACUCUCCAUGUUUGUCACCAGCUUCACCACAGCUGCCGCCUUCUAUGCCAACUACGUGAGCAACAUCACUGCCAUCCGCUGCUUCGGCGUCUACGCCGGGACCGCUAUUUUAGUUAACUACAUACUGAUGGUCACCUGGCUGCCGGCUGUGGUCGUCCUGCAUGAGCGAUACCUGGUCAACCUGUUCACAUGCUCGGGGUCACAACACCACCAGACGAAUGGCACCGUGAAGUUUUGGACUAGCCUGUGCCAAAUGGUCAACAGAUGUCUUCUUGCUAUUUCCGAGGCCUCGCGGAUAUUCUUUGAAAAAGUGUUGCCUUGCGUCGUGAUCAAAUUGCGCUACUUGUGGCUCCUAUGGUUUUUGGCCAUGACGGUGGGUGGCGUUUACGUCGUUUGCGUGAACCCGAAGAUGAAGCUGCCCUCUCUGGAGCUGUCAGAAUUUCAGGUGUUCCGCUCCUCCCACCCUUUUGAACGCUACGACGCCGAGUAUAAAAAGCUCUUCAUGUUCGAACGAGUCAACCACGGCGAAGACCUUCACAUGCCGAUCACCAUCAUUUGGGGAGUCACUCCCAUCGACAACGGAGAUCCACUGAACCCCAAAAACAAGGGUAAACUAACACUGGACACAACCUUUAACAUCGCAAGUCCCGCUAGCCAGGUUUGGAUUCUCAACUUUUGCCAGAAGCUCAGGAACCAGAGCUUUGUGUUUCAGUCUAAGGAGCAGGAUUUUACCAGCUGCUUCAUGGAGACGUUCAAGCAGUGGAUGGAGAACAGGGACUGCGAUGACACUCCGGUUUAUCCCUGCUGUAGUCAGUCCACGUUCCCUUACAGGCAAGACGUCUUUGAAUUGUGCAUCAAACGGGCUAUCAUGGAGCUCGACAGAAGCACCAUCUACCACCUUGACAGCAAGACGCCAGGGCCAAGGUUUGACAUCAACGACACCAUCAGAGCGAUCGUGCUGGAGUUUCAAAGCACCUACCAUUUCACGCUGGCAUACGAGAAGAUGCAUCAGUUCUAUAAGGAGGUGGAUUUGUGGAUUAAGGAGGAGCUGAGAGAAGCACCCGAAGGACUUAGCUACGGGUGGUUUGUAAGCAAUCUGGAGUUUUAUGACCUGCAGGACAGCCUGUCGGGCGGUACUCUCAUCGCUAUGGCGCUCUCUGUGGUGGUGGCCUUCAGCGUCAUGCUUCUGACCACUUGGAACAUCGUCAUCAGCCUCUAUGCCAUCAUCUCCAUCGCUGGGACCAUCUUUGUCACGGUUGGAUCACUGGUGCUGUUGGGUUGGGAGCUGAAUGUGCUCGAGUCGGUAACUAUCUCGGUCGCCGUUGGGCUCUCGGUAGACUUCGCCGUGCAUUAUGGAGUAGCGUACCGCCUCGCCCCGGAACCGGACCGAGAGGGGAAGGUGAUUUUCUCUCUGAGCAGAAUGGGCUCCGCCAUAGCCAUGGCAGCGCUCACGACCUUCGUGGCUGGUGCGAUGAUGAUGCCCUCCACGGUUCUGGCUUACACUCAACUUGGCACCUUUCUGAUGCUCAUCAUGUGUAUCAGUUGGGCUUUCGCAACGUUUUUCUUUCAGUGCAUGUGUCGCUGUCUGGGACCUCAGGGUACCUGCGGACAGAUUCCUUUGCCAAAGAAACUCCGCUGUUACACUUUUGCGGACCACCCGCCUGAAGCCCAGUCAAAAAAUGCUCAAGGUAAACUUAACAAGCACUCUGUGCAUAACGCAGGAGGAGAGGGCGACCACGAACACUAUGAGCUUGAGCCUUUAAAUGUCCGAAAUACGGAGAAGGCCUCUGAUGAGGAACAGCAGGCAUGCACGCAGUUGCAUAAUGGGCCCAUUUUUCAUCGCGGUAAUUUGUGCACGGCCAACGCUGACCCACGAGAACCAGUUUCUGAGAAUGGAUUACCAGGAGCGGAAGUUCCACAUCAUCAUCAGUACACUUACGGCGUGGGGUGCUCCUGUGGGCCUCAGUACACACGAGACGGACAAAGGACUCUGUGCCAUCCCUGCAGUCAGUCUGGUGAAAGCCCGUGCCUUGCUAAACACUUGACUUUGACAAAUCACUUACCUGUGGAACACAACAACCUGUGCACACUAGAUAGGACGCACACCCCUGCUGAUUGUUUCGUAAACUCCGGUCAAUUUUAUCAAUGCAUGGCGAAUCAAACAUCAAGGGCGUCCACACACAGAUGUUUCCCGGGGGGUUACAGCAUGCACGCACUGCACCUUCUGCAACAGGCUCUGUUGUCUGAUGCGGUGCAGGACGAGUCCCAUAUCAGUGCGUGUGGUCCCAAUUUAUCACAACCAGAAGGCUUCAAUUUUCACGCUCCAGAUGUUCAGUGCCAUGCAAUUACAACUACGGACUGUACCGUUAAGAAGACGGAGCACUACGCACAAAAUUGCCAGACACCUCAAAACAUAGCACAGAACCAUAGGAAGUCAAAAGUAAAUGGCAUUAAAGAGCCUGACGAAAGUGCCAAAAGCAAUCAGAGUAACAAAGACAGUAAAAAAAGUGUCUCUCCCAAAAAAUAUAUCUGUUUUAAAAAGACUGCCAAACCAACGUGCAAUUCUGUAGAGUUGGAGUCAAGAACCAGCAUGCCAACUAUUGCCAUUCAUUCAAAAGCCUCCAUGGAAAGUUUAUGCUAAUAUUUAUAAAAUAUAACCACAUAGUACAGUGAUGGGAGAUUGAUUUAUAAAUCUUGAGAUUUAAUGACCAUUUAUCAAUCACUUAUAAAUGGGAAAUAAGUCUGAAUGAAAAAGGCAUAAUUUUCACCCACUGGCUGGUGUUUCGGAUGUUUUUGUAAAGGCCGCUAAUUUUGCAUAAGGAUCAGAAACGUAAUCAGAGUUUAUUUUUCUGCACAUUUCAUAUAAACGUGUGUGUAUAUAUCUGUGUGUGUUGUGUAUGUAUUUAAGUCAUGCACUUUCUUUGUUUUGAAUGUUUUGCCUAUAAAGUUUUAAAUAAUUUACUAUC